AUGUAUGUUCAGGCCACAACAUUCAGGACAGACAGAGGCCACAACAUUCAGGACAGACAGAGGUCAGUACGUGCUGGGUGUCCAGACCCAACCUCAAGGUUCACUGUUCCUGUGGCGGAUCUCAGGCCUGAGAUUUACUCUGGUGUAGGAGUUUUAGAUUACAAAGUGUUCACUCACCACCAUGUAUGUUCAGGCCACAACAUUCAGGACAGACAGAGGUCAGUACGUGCUGUGUGUCCAGACCCAACCUCAAGGUUCACUGUUCCUGUGGCGGAUGUCAGGCCUGAGAUUUACUCUGGUGUAGGAGUUUUAGAUUACAAAGUGUUCACUCACCACCAUGUAUGUUCAGGCCACAACAUUCAGGACAGACAGAGGUCAGUACGUGCUGGGUGUCCAGACCCAACCUCAAGGUUCACUGUUCCUGUGGCGGAUAUCAGGCCUGAGAUUUACUCUGGUGCCACAACAUUCAGGACAGACAGAGGUCAGUACGUGCUGGGUGUCCAGACCCAACCUCAAGGUUCACUGUUCCUGUGGCGGAUGUCAGGCCUGAGGUUUACUCUGGUACAGCAGCUUCCUCAGUUCAACCCUGUAAGCAUUGCUGCUACCACAACCACUGGACCUCACAUAGCAGUGGCCAACCAGCAUCAACUAGGGCACUCUCACGCUGAGUCGAUCAAUAUAUUCAGACUAGAUGAGAACACCUCUCAGUUACGCCUGUGGCAGAGUCUGCCUGUAGUCUCUCCUCUGUCAGUGGUAUUUAGCAGUCUGCCAUCAUCAGAGUCUGUGUUGUGUGUAUCAUCCAGUGUACCUGCGUCUCCUCUACUAGUGUACAUCUACAGAGGUCUAAUAGGCUACCAACACCUCUUGUCAGACCCUACACUACCUGUCUCUGAAGAUCUUCAGUCUUUCACAGACUAUCAUCAGCGACACUUUCUAGUCCUCCACUCCAAUCAGACCGCCAAUAUUCUUAAAGCUGAGUUUGAAGGAACUGUGUGAUCCUCCCCUAAGAUAGUGAAAAUGUAUAAAUUACUAUAACAUUUGUGAUAUAAUGUGAUUCAUAGCUUUAUUUUCUACCAUAAAGUAUACAAAUUGUAAGAUAUUUAUAUUAUGGCUUAUUGGCUAUAUUCUAUAUAUAUAUAUAUUUUCUAUUAGCAAUUGAAAGUUCCUAGAAGAAUUGAAGAGUCUUAG